CUACCACAUAUUUCCAUACUUGCCCUUUUAAUCUACGACAUGCAUUUACCAGCCACUGAUCUAUAUGUGUAACGCAGCGGUUAAAGUUACAUUUACUGACACCCUGUUUUCCUCGUCCUUAUUCUGUCUUCCCAAAUUUUAACACGCGCAAACGUCCUCCUGGUACAAGUUCUUGUGUGCGCUUCACUCAGUGGGGUUCAUUAGGGAAACUGCGUACUUCAGUUGCUUCAACAUCUCAUUCUUCUCAACUUGGGUCGGAUUUCCAGAGCGACUAUCGCAAAAACAACCCGCCAUCGGCACUGACUGACGCCACGAUAAUUAGCGCCCAAAUAUUACAACGUUGAAAUUCCAGGAUGUCAAGGAGGAAACUCCCUCCUGAAGAGGCAGCGGAAGUGACAAAGGCUCAGCUAUGUAUCUCUAAUAUCAUCGUUCACCACCUUCCAAAGAAUGAGCUCGCAUCCUGGGAUGAUCGUUUCUUCGUGCAGAUUGAGGUAGAUGAUAAGAUAAGCAGUGUCACAAAGACACAAAGAGGACAUUCACUACGAUGGGAGAAUGAGUAUCGUUGUGGCUACCAAAAGGACUCUCUAAUCCAGCUGAAGGUCUUUGCGCGACGCCGUAUUCAUAACGAUCAGUUUAUAGGCGUGAUCAGGGAUUAUGUAGAGUCUUUACUGCGACAGGGUUUUAUCAGGCGACCGAUUUCGUACACAGAUGAGAUCGUAACACGCCAACUUCCUGCAAGCAUGGAGUUUCAAGUUGCAUCUUUAACAUCAACUACCUCAGAUGGCUCUCAGCUCGACGACGGAAAACCCAACAUCAUGGAUGGCAAGGGGGUCGCGUGUGUAGUAGCGUCGACUACAAUUGCUAUGGAGGUCUCAGGCAAGUAUCUCGUGUUCCAAACUUCCUUCUUGUUCUUCAUUAAUUUUCUAGCUAUUGUCUUGACUCAUCUGCCGAAGAUUGGAAUGGUCGCAUUCAACAACCAAUUUUUUGUCCAGCUGGCGGUCGAGGAUAUUAUUCAAGUGACCAGCUCAAAAACUGGGGAGAGUGGCUCGAUAUACUGGAACGAGAAAUACGUUUUUCACAUUCCGGAGACAGCCUCGCUGUCACUCCAAGUUUAUGCCCGACGCCACCUUCACAGUGAUGAGUAUAUUGGAAUGGUGAGCGGUCGAAUUAGUGCAUUUCUGCAGAGCUCUGGAUGCUGUGAUGGGCAGCUCGUUGUUUUCGACAAGCAUAGCCAAAAAAAUCUGGAGACAAAGCUUUCAUUUCGGAUAAUGCGAAGUUCGUCCUUUCAUGGAAACGAACACGGUGGAGUUCGUGCUGUCUCAGCGAUGGCAUCUCUCACACGGAAGGGGGGCGUGCAAGGGGACGCCGAGCCACUCUCCGCGCAAGUCGUUUCAGUUGAUGCCACAAUAGAUGUGUUCCAGCUCCUGUUGUCACGGAUCACUACUUUUGUCAAAAUCGCUCGCGCUUUCAGAGAGGCCCAUCCGUACACCAAGAUGGCACUCAUGGUACUGACUGCAGGUCACGAGGUUAUACAGCAGCAGCUCUCUCGUGAUGACAGCAUUCGACAAUUAGCGUCCAUCAUGUGUGAGAGCCAUGGCCUGCUAUCGAAUGCCCCGGAUUUGUCUAGCUUCGAUGCUCAAGCGGAGACCAUAAACUUGCUCGCUCGUCAAACACUAGAGUGCGCAUACUUUGUUCGUGACUAUGCCAUUCAUCAAAGCGGAUUGAAGCAUGGCAUCACCAAUAUUUUCUCGAACAUCGACGCAACCAUCCAGAAAUAUGAAACGGUCUUCAGACAAAUCAAGAUAGCUCUAGAGCAAAAAGUUGUUAUCAACACUCAAUUGGUCAUUUUUCGCAUCCAUGACGCCUUGAAAGACCUUGCUAUCAAAGUAGAUCUUACUGCCUUGCCUUAUGCGACUGGCGCUUCGUACCAUUCGCAGAGGAUUUACGAUAUGCCACUGGAGGAAACCCAUGUCGCUGAGAUUUCGGACUGGGUAAAUGGCAAGAGCAGUGAAGCAAUCUAUCUGUUGAUCGGGCCUCGCGGAUUCGAGACCAGCGCAAUUGCCCACGCCAUAGCUCGCCAAUUCGACAACAUAUCUCGUCUAGGAUCAUCAUACUGUCUUGACAGAACACGUCAAGGUCAGAAAAAGCCCGCAAAUAUUUUUAGCACGAUCGCUCGCGAUCUUGCAGAUCACGACCCGGAGUUCAUGGCUUGUCUCAGGGAUAUGACGAAACGGCGGGCAAUAGCCUCUUCCCCACAUAUUCCCACGCAGUUUAAUUUCAUCCUCACAUCGGCGCAACAAUUGACGAGCUUUGGUCCUGUGCUUGUUAUAAUCGACGCCCUCGACGCAUGUGGUGAUGUUAAUUCACACACAGAGGUGGUCUCUGUCCUAAAGGAAAAGGCACAAUUUCUCCCACCUAGCUUCAAAUUCCUGAUUACCUGCCUCUCGGAGACUGAUGUAGCCAUCGCCCUCCGUGACGAACCCCAUGUCCUAGCCAAAGAGCUUGAUGCGGCUGUCACUGGGCAACUUCGUGACAAUGGAUUCACCACUGGCAGAACUAAACCUCGUCCACUCACCCCUCCAAUCCAGACCGAGCUGUCACUGUCCGAUUAUUUCUCCCCUUCACACACGGAUGCAGGGUCAUCAAAGGGGUUCGUCGCAUUCAAACACGUUGAGACUAGAGAAAAGUCUAUUUCCUUCGAUCAAGCCGAUUUCCAGACUGUCACGCACACGUCCCUGAAGCAAACCGUUAAGCAACACGCCACUUUGACUCCGCGUCGCGUCCUAUCAUGCACUCCAAUACUUGAUGAACCAAAUGCUCGCUUAUUCACUUCCGAUCCUACUGCUCCAACCGAAGGCACCUUCGAGGUCCUCGUAUCACGUAUCACUGCUUUUGUUAACAUAGGUGACGCUUUCGCAGAGGCUUGCUCGUACACCAGGAUGGCACUGAUGGUCCUGACUGCAGGCCACGAGGUUAUACAACAGCAGUUCGCUCGUGACGACAGCAUUCGACGAUUAGCGUCCAUUAUGUGUGAGAGCUAUGGCCUACUACCGAAUGCCUCAGAUUUGUCCAGUUUUCAUAAUCAAGCGGAGACUGUGAACUUGCUCGCUCGUCAAACAAUAGAGUGUGCAUACUUUAUUCGUGACUAUGCCAUUCAUAAAAGCGGAUUGAAGCAUAGCAUCUCCAAUGUGCUCUUGGACAUCGACGCAAUCAUCCAGGCCUAUGAAACUGCCUUCAGAAAUAUCAAGACAGCUCUAGAGCAAAAAGUUGUUAUCAACACUCAAUCGGUCGUUUUUCGCAUCAAGGACGCCUUAAAAGACACUGCUACCAACGUAGAUCUUGGCACCCUGCCUUACGCGACUCGCGCUUCGUACCAUGCGCAGAGACGUUGCGGUAUUCCACUGGACGGAAACCAUGUCACUGAGAUUUUGGACUGGGUGAAUGGAAAGAGCAAUCAAGGAAUCUAUCUGCUGAUCGGGCCUCACGAACCCGAGACUAGCGCAGUUGCCCACGCUGUAGCUCGCCAGUUCGACAUCAUAUAUCGUCUAGGAUCGUCAUACUGCCUUGACAGAACACGUCAAGAUCAGAGGAAACCCACCAAUCUUUUUAGCACGAUCGCUCGCGAUCUUGCAGAUCACGACCCGGAGUUUAUGGCUUGUCUCGGGAACAAGAUGAAACAGCGAGCAAUGGGCUCUUCCCCACAUAUUCACACCCAGUUCGACUUCAUCCUCACAUCGGCGCAAAUGCUCACGAGCUUCGGCCCUGUACUUAUUGCACAAUUUCUCCCACCUAGCUUCAAAUUCUUGAUUACCUGCUUGCCGGCGACCGAUGUAGCUGUCGCCCUCCGUGACGAACCCCAUGUCCUAGCCAAAGAGCUUGAUGCGGUUGCCAUACACUCCAGUCUAUCCGAAACAGAUAUUCGGAAAGCCAUUGACGCGCAACUGGAAAAUGCCCCGCUUCGUCUACUCAACACUUCCACCGGGCGUUUAUACAAUCGAGAGGCACAGAUUAACGCGUUCUUAGAAAGCACAGAGUACAAGGAAAUCUUGACAUCACCAAUGACUCCUGCGCCCCUCCACACGAAGUCCAUCAGAGAAGUGGUGGCGAUGUACUUCAGUUGGGUCAUGUUAUCACAUAGGUGGGAAAGUAAGGAGAUGCUGCUGCAGGACGUUCAGAACAAGGUCAUAUACGAGUUGGAUCCAAUGGGAACCACGGUGAAGUUGCAGAAGUUCUGCGAAGUCACUCGUGAUGCAGGGUAUCACUGGGCGUGGAGCGAUACAUGCUGCAUCGACCAGAGCAACAGUGCCGAGGUCCAGCGAUCGGUGAACUCCAUGUUUGUCUGGUAUCGCCAGUCAGCUCUUACAAUUGUCUACUUGUCGGAUGUUCCGCCUUGGUCGACAUCUCGCACACUUGCAAACAGCGCUUGGAACAUGCGAGGAUGGACUGUUCAGGAAUUCCUCGCUCCUAGAAUUGUUCUGUUCUACGAUGCAAAGUGGAUCCCCUACCGCUAUGACCACUCUACCAACCACAAGGAGUCUGUUACUAUCAUGCGGGAGUUGCAGGAUUCAACAGGCAUAGAUGCACUGUCCCUCGUCAAUUUCCGUCCGGGGAUGACAGGCGCGCGACAGAAACUCCAAUGGGUGUCGAGCCGUAUCACCACGGAGAUCAUAGCUCAGUCGGGCGACAUCAUUAUCCUGGAUUGGGUCGGAAAAGCAUCCGAGUUCAACAGCUGUUUACCAGCUGACAUCGCCUCUUACGAUCUUCCACCAUGCACGCUGCCACUCCCAUCUGAAGAUAAAAUACAGUCAUCAGUCUCAUCGCUGCGAGAUCAUGAUGCUGCUGUUAUGAAGCUUGCUUCGACAUUAUAUGCUCAGCUUGGCAGCAUGGGCGCUCCUCGUUUCGCGAACCGCAGGCUGCAUCUGCAUUGCAUCACAUUUCCUGUGACAGCAGUCAAACGGAGGCGUAGUGAAGACCGGGAGACAUGUCCCACUUAUGAAGUCAAGGCGGACGGGCUCCAAGACAUGUUAAUCACCACAGAUGAUAAGCUGGUUCAGUUCUCGAGGGCAAGAUCUACUCGACAGUCAUUCUUACUCGUCCGUCCGUGGAAUCGCUUUGACCUCGAGCUGCCUGAUCUUGCAGACGAUGUACAGAGCGUAGACGAUCGGUCAGAGUCCGAGUCCGAGUCGCCAUCGGACGAAUCGCACAGCGAAUCUUCUGGAGAAGAUGAGCCGCUUGAUUCAGGGUCGAGCGAGCGAAGGUUGAGGUUGAUCGUUCGUCUUGGACAACCUUUUGGCGCGUUGUUGCUAGCGCAACAGCGGAGUGGGGAGUAUAAGAGAAUCGCCUCAGAUAACAAGAUCAUCGCACAGGUCAAGGACAUGGCUAGUGUUCGUGAUAUGAUGGACGUGAGGACGCUAGAGAUAGUGUAGUUGUGUGUAUUUCGACGGGAAUCUCUGACGUCUGCAUUCAUACCUUGACAGUAGUACUACCUGUACAUAUGGAACAAUAUCCUUAGGCAUCCUUAUAAGCUGACUUAGUACAACAGGAAAGCAAACCACCACGAUUUGU